GAUAUAUGAACUGAACACAUUGUUUCCAGUAUGCACUUUUUACUCACUUACAUAACCACUCAGAAAAAGCAGGGGUUGAGAAGUGGAGUUGCAAAUGAAAUAUGGGAUCGAUAUCUGAAUCAGAACACUACCGGCCGCUGCUAAUUGGGCUCGACUCUCAUUCUCAAAUUCCUGACUUGUCGUCGGUGACAAUCGAAGAGUUUCUUGAGCAUAAACCGGUGGCACUCCGGUGGUGGCCUCGGUUAGUUGGAUGGGAGUCAAGGCUUCUCUGGCUCCUAUCAGGGGCUUCCAUUACUGUGUCAAUAUUCAAUUACUUGCUCAGUUUUGUGACCCUCAUGUUUACAGGCCAUUUGGGUGCUUUGGAGCUUGCUGGUGCCUCCAUUGCAAGUGUGGGAAUUCAAGGUCUUGCUUAUGGUAUUAUGUUGGGUAUGGCUAGUGCAGUGCAAACGUUAUGUGGGCAAGCUUAUGGUGCUAGACAGUAUUCAGCGAUGGGAAUCAUAUGCCAAAGAGCAAUCAUUCUUCAUUUGGGAGCGGCAAUUCUUCUUACAUUCCUGUAUUGGUUCUCCGGUCCAGUUCUCAUUGCCAUUGGACAGACAAAGAGCAUAGCAGAAAAGGGCCAAAUUUUUGCUCAUGGUUUGAUUCCUCAAAUCUAUGCAUUUGCAAUAAGCUGUCCAAUUCAGAGGUUUCUUCAAGCACAGAAUAUUGUGAACCCUCUUGCAUUUAUGGCUGUGGGGGUUUUCAUUGUCCAUGUUAUUCUAACAUGGUUGGUGGUUUAUAUUCUGAAUUAUGGGCUUAUUGGAGCUUCUCUUACACUCAGCUUCUCAUGGUGGCUUCUGGUCAUUUCGAGUGGUCUUUACAUUCUUUUAAGCCCAUCUUGCAACGAAACUUGGACUGGCUUCACUUGGAAAGCCUUUAGAGGAAUUUGGCCUUAUUUCAAGUUAACCUUUGCUUCUGCUAUCAUGUUGUGUUUGGAGAUAUGGUACAACCAAGGACUAGUUCUUAUAUCAGGGCUACUCCCUAGCCCUACAAUCUCACUGGACUCAAUAUCUGUUUGCAUGAAUUAUUUGAAUUUCGACAUGCAAUUUAUGCUAGGUCUAGCCGCAGCAGCCAGUGUUCGAGUCAGUAACGAGUUAGGUGCAGGUCAUCCAAGCGUUGCAAAAUUUUCAGUUUUGGUGGUGAAUGGAACUAGCAUCCUUGUGAGUACAGUGUUCAGUGCAAUUAUCUUUAUAUUCAAAGUUGGAUUAAGCAAGCUCUUUAUUACUGACGAUGAGGUUGUUGAGGCAAUUUCGAAUUUGACUCCAUUGCUUGCCAUCUCGGUUUUCUUAAAUGGAAUUCAGCCAAUCCUCUCGGGUGUGGCCAUUGGAAUUGGAUGGCAAGGUGUAGUGGCUUAUGUUAACCUUGCCACUUACUAUGUCAUUGGUCUCCCAAUUGGAUGUGUUCUUGGCUUCAAAACCAAUUUAGACGUAGCAGGUAUUUGGUGGGGGAUGAUUAUUGGAGUCCUUUUACAAACAUUAACUCUGCUUUUUCUGAUUUCUAGGACAAAUUGGACCAAGGAGGUUGCAAAAGCUGCUGAUCGCUUAAAGAGAUCAACAAAUGAAGAGAAUGGAGACUUGAUUACCAGCGUAUGAGGACGCUAUGGUGUUAUAAGUUCUACUUUGUGUUUCCCCCCCCCCCCCCCCCCCCCCCCCAAAGAAACAGUGACUUUGCUAUUAAACUGUUUUUAAAGGAAAGUAUAGCAUUCUGUCAGAGAGUACUCCACUGUGUUUUCCCCCUUUUUCUUUUUUUUCUUUUUUUUUUUUUGGUGGUGUGCGUGCAUUGUGUAAUAGGCCUAUAGGAUUCUUCUUUUGCCUGUAAAGAUGCUAUAAAGCUCUGCCAAUUUUGAUAAUCAAUGAAAGAAACAAAUCCAUGAAGCA